AUGGCUUUGCCGUGUCAGCUGCUGGGAAUGAACUGCGCCACGCCUACCGAAUUUGCACUAUCGUGGCCGGACUUUUGCCAACGAGGUGGCGGCACAGAUAUUCACGCCGAUGGUUGGGGACUUGCUUACUACCACGGACACGGUGUCAGACAAUUCCACGAUACGGAAGCGGCGUCUUCGUCACCUCUGGCACAUUUUCUGGGCCAGCAAUCAAUUAAGACCCGGAACAUGCUAUCGCACAUUCGAUACGCGACAUCCGGUGCUGUGGAGCUGGCCAAUCUACAUCCUUUCAGUAGAGAGAUGUGGGGGAUUCAAUGGUGCUUUUGCCACAACGCUUCUUUCUCACAAAUCGAAUCGCUAGAUCCCACAUAUUUUCCAGUCGGUAAGACGGACAGUGAGGCCCUGUUCUGUGCUCUUCUCAAUGCUCUUCGAGCAGAAUUUACGGAUACCAUGCCCAGUCUUCCCGUCCUAUAUGAUGCACUCAAAAAGCUGUGUGAUGAAGUUGUCAAAUACGACCCGAGCGGUACGAUACUAAAUUUCAUGCUCACUUGUGGGCCGAAUGUGCUAUGGGUGUAUAGCUGGCCUGGCAAACGUCCAGGCGGCAAAGUAUGGAACGGGCUACACUACACGGUUCGUGGGUCUUCCACCCAGCUUGCCGAUAGCGACUACUCGGUUGGAGUUUCCUUACCAGGAUCGGAGGAUGACCGAGUUUGCAUCGUCGCAACCAAGCCACUGACAGAGGAUGAAGAAUGGGUCGAGUUGAAACCGGCUGAG